AUGUCAACAAUCAACGAUAAAUUUUUUUCACCAUUUGUGGAAGAUCCACCCCGUGCUUUUACUUUCAUUCAUGUGGAGAAUCAGAAAUCAUACUAUGGCCCAUACCUGCAAGCAAUUAUAAAUUUUGUUGCAUAUAAAAAGUAUAAUCUAGAGCUGGAAACAGUUGAUACACUAAAUUCCAGUGAAAUUUUUGACAAAAUUCGUCGGAAUAUUUACAACACGUCAUUACAUGGUGUCACUUGUACGGAUCGUAAAAAACUUAUCCAAUACAGUUACCCACUGGAAAUAACGAAAAAAUGUAUACUAGUCCCGCUCGACGAUGAAAUACCUAAAUUUUGGUAUGUCGGUUGGCCUUUUGAUCGAUACAUUUGGAUCACACUUUUCUGCAGUAUUUUCUACAUUGCAAUUUUAAUGAGUUUUAUUGAAUAUCCCAAGCAAACCGCAUCCAAUUCGAUACUGCGUAAUAUACCGUACAGCGUCGCUAUAUUGCUCUACUGUCCCAAUAUGAAUAUACAACUAAGAAAUGCACCUAUACGCGUGAUUGUCUUCUACACCCUGUUAUUUGUGUUCGGUUUCAUAUUUAGUGCAUAUUAUUUUCCUUAUCUAACGGCGUACAACAUGAAACCAGUCUUUCGGGAACGAAUCAGAACUCUUUCCGAUAUAUUGGAUGCAAAACUGGUCAUUAAUGUACCGUCAUCACAUCACGAAAGCUUUGAGGAAUAUACGCAAUCAAACGAAAGAGCAUCAUUAUUACGAAGUGCAACCGUAGUUAAAUUUAAACCUAUCGUUAAGUAUUUAAAUCACUCCGCUGGGUAUGUCAUUCUAGAAGACACUUGGAGAUUUUUACAUAUGCAACAAUUUAAAAUGUAUAAACCACUUUUUUCUUUAUCCGAGGAGUGUUUUGGUUGGUGUUACAAGUCUUUUCCAGUGCAUGUGAACGCAUCAUUUCUCAAAGAAUUGGACAGUUUUUUAUUAAGAGUUAAAGCUAGUGGAUUAUGGCUAAAGUGGAAGACUGAUGCUGGUGUUAUGGCUCUACGUGCAAAAUACGGCACUGUGCUACUAGAUGAUUACCCGGUCGAGCCACUAAAAUUAAGUUAUUAUAGAUUUGCCUGGAUCGUACUUGCUGCCGGUACCAUCGCCAGUUGCUUAGCAGCUUUAUGUGAAAUCUACGUUUGGAAUAAACACAUGCAUACCGAGCUUAUCAUUGUCAUUUAA